CUGAUGAUGAUGUGCGUUGUACGGAGCAAGAGGGGAACGGGGAAGUUUGUCUGCUUGCGGGAAUCCGAGUGAAAGUCCAAUUUAAUGACAUGUUUACACUUCGUAUUUGGACCGACUGAUUCCUCACGGGUUCACCGGAGGAACAAGCAUCACAUCCAGACUACAAAAUGAUUGAUCCUCACAUCUACCUGCACUACAACUACACGGGAAAGCUGGACCACCGGCCAAGCGUGGACACCGGAACGGGCAUCCCGGAUACUAAGACCCUUCUGUUCCUGGUGGUGUGCGGCUUCAUCGUACUGGAGAACCUGACAGUGCUUGUGGCCAUAUGGCGGAACCAGCGAUUCCACAACCGCAUGUACUUCUUCAUCGGUAACCUGGCGCUAUGCGACAUGCUGGCCGGAGUGGCCUACCUGGUCAACCUGCUGCUGUCCGGCGACAGAACCCUGCACCUUUCGCCUGCUUUAUGGUUCGUGCGCGAGGGCAGUAUGUUUGUGGCGCUGGGCGCCUCGGUUUUCAGUCUCCUGGCCAUCGCCAUCGAGCGCCAUCUGACCAUGAUCAAAAUGAGACCCUACGACGCCAACAAGAACUACCGGGUCUUCCUACUUAUCGGCACGUGCUGGUUGAUCGCUAUCUCGUUCGGGGCGCUUCCCAUCUUGGGGUGGAACUGCUUGGGCGACCUCGCCGACUGCUCCACUGUGUUGCCGCUAUACUCCAAGAAAUACGUGGCUUUCUGCAUCACCGUUUUCAUGGUGUUGCUCUUGGCUAUGUCGGUGCUGUACGCUCGCAUCUACGUCCUGGUCAAGUCCAGCAGUCGAAAGGUGAGCAAGCACAGCAGCUCUGAGCACGCCAUGUCGUUGCUGCGCACCGUCAUCAUCGUGGUGGGUGUCUUCAUCGCCUGUUGGACGCCAAUUUUCGUGUUGCUCCUGGUGGAUGUGGCGUGCCAGCAGCGCGCCCGCUGCCCCGUCCUCUACAAGGCCGACUGGUUCAUCGGGCUGGCCGUGCUCAACUCGGCCAUGAACCCCAUCAUAUAUACGCUGGCCAGCCGCGAGAUGAGACGGGCCUUUCUAGGUUUAGCUUGCUGUCUUUGCUACUCACGCAAGGCGUCGACGCCUGGUAGCGGGAACAGGCAGUGCUUGGAGGCUAGCCGUAGCCGGAGCAAGUCGUGGAGCAGCCAAAACAACCACAACCAGCAGGGGAGCAGGCAGGCGAGGCCUGACGCCGAGGCGGAUUCCGACCUCGGGAAGGUGUCGGCCUUCGGGGGACCAAGCGGUGCUGAAGCUGACAACUUUCUCCACAACGGCGGGACCGAGUGAGAGAAAGACGACGCCUGGAAGGCGGUCCUAACGAUGUCACUUCCAGAUUUGGCAGUUGUAGUGACUUCAGUGUACAAUGCCUUAAAAGACACCCAAGAUGCAGAUGCAUUCCAAAUCAGGAGAAGCAUUGCACCACUUAGAACUUGAACUUUGAGAGUCCUUUACUAGUACAGAGACUGAACACAAAUGCAAGCCAACCCUGUCGUCAAAAAGUAGGCGGAAAUUGCAUUCAAGUCAGGUUUAAAAGAACGCCGUAUAACCUCGGAUCAGAAUCAGGCCUUAAUUUUCGUUCUUGCCAAUGUGACUGCGACGUAAACUGGAUUGAUCCGAUAUAGCUGGUGAACAAACCAGAUGCAGCAUGUCAUCUUAAAGGGAACGUCGGACUUAAACACUUGUAGGCUCUUAUAAGCCAAAAUUGGUCUCUUUCACCAAAAUACUGUACGUUAUUAGAAAACAUAAAAUAUUGCCAUUGAUUUAAAAAGCUAUAAUAUUUAGUACAUGUUUUGACCUACGGAGGGCACCGUGUUUUAUGGACGCUCGGGGUGAUGACGUAGAUUGUCACAGUCACUUGACGAAUACUACCGGGUUACUGCAAUUCUUUCUACGCGGUGAGACGUCCAACACACGCUCAUCGGUUAAAAGUGGCGAGUACAUACUAUUUGUGUUUUUUUGAGUCUUUUAUCACCUUUUUUGCAUGUGUUUCCCUCUCAUACUUUGAAGCAUAGUGUUUUGUUGUAGUAGCUUUAAAGCAGAUUGUUGAUCUGUUGACCACAAAAGCAGUUUUCUUUGCAUUUCGGUGGUAUUAGGAGGUAAGAUAAGUAUUUUCUUAAGGCAUCUUUAGUAUGUUCUGUCUGUAUGCAUCUAAACAAAACAAGCUGAAAGCGCACUGUAGUACUUUGGGUGUCAAAUACGCCUUUUGUAGAUGUUUUGCCGGUGUAACACAUUUUGGCAGAACAUCAUUUUUUUCCCUACUCUCGUCUCAUCUUAUCCCGUCUUUCCUGUUCAUUUUGCUUUUGCUACUCGUCUUGUGAAAUAUCGACAGUGCUGUCAUGCUCAUUAAUGUUCCUCUCGGGUUCAUGUGAAAGGGUUGAACAGAUUACAUGUUUAUGUUUGUCUGGAAGCCCGGCAGCGUAACCAUGUGACAUCACCGCCCUGCGACAUCAACAGUGGCGACCUACUAAAACUAAUUUUUACAAAUUGUAUAAAAACGAAAACAUCAAGAGGAGUUUCAAUAUAAACUCAUAAUAAUGUUUAUCUUUUAAGAACUACAAGUCUUUCUGUCCGUGGAUCCCUUUAAAGUAUGAAUAGGAAAAACUAAACCGAAUCAGAAACGGGUCUAGAUCGUAUGCCAGUAAAAAUGAGCUGAAAAUCAGGAGUGGCUUCAGUAUAGAAAGGUCUCAUAGUUUGUCUUUGCAAGAUUCGUAUUUUAUAUAAAAGUAGACAUAGGCACAGCAUGGUUCUCAAGAACUUCAGUGUCAACAACGGUUAGUCCGUUCUGAAUAUUGUACUCCUGAAGUAUUGCUGUGAUUGUUUGAGACAAAUGCAGCUUAUUUAUUAUAGUCGUUUAUGCACUAAUUCUGACUUUGUACAACUCAACUGAACCAUGCUCGAUUGAAAGGAGCGGCAGUAUGGAAAGCCAUACUAGGAUACUAUUGGUGCGAGGGUGCCACCUGCUGGUUGUUAAAGAAGUAGGUCUGCUAUACUGCACAUUUCUGCAAUUACUAUUCCUUUGUUUUUUUUUAAAUACCAGAUUAACCUUAUAAUGUAAAUAACUCUAAAAGCAUGAAAUUGCACUUUUGAGGGGCAUGUGAUUUGUUUUCUCUUACAUGUAUGUGAUUUAUAAAGUGUGUCUUACCUCACGUGGCCGGCAGAGGUCAUAAAGUGUCCCGGUAAUGCGUCCAUGGCCGCCUCAAAAAGUCUGGAGGAAAUACUUUUCAAGAAAAACGUCACGCUAGCGCCGACUUUUCUGUCAAAAUAAAUUUAAUAAUUAACGGAUUGGCUUCCAUUGACGUUAAUAGACGUCCAAUCCAGUUCAACUGUGAGGGUUGGCCCUCAUGGUUCAAAUGGAUUGACAUCUACUAGUGACAAACUAAUUAAAUUCACUGCAGAGGGAUGAAAAGAGCCACACGAUUGAACAGUUAAAGUGUAAAUUUAAACUAUUUGACAAAAUAAAAGAUUACAUUUACAGCAAUAUUUAAACAUUUUGUCAUGAUUUGUUUUGGCUUAGCUUACAUUUUGUUUGU